UACCCUGGCAUAACAUGCGCACAUGGUGUACUGGAUAAACCCUCAACCCUUUCUCCUUUCCCCCUCCACAUCCGUGACUUGUUCUGCUCACUCGCUCACUCGCUCACUCGACUCACUCGACUCACUCGUUCACUCGCUUUUGACUCAACUCACUAGUACAGCAAAAAAAGACUGCAAAAUUGGCCGCAUUUUUUCUCCUUAUUUCAUUUCUCACUAUCUUAUUCAGCUAUCUUUCUCUCUCCUCUUCCUUUUUUUGUCUUUUUUUUCCCUCUACUAGUUUCCAUCAUUUUCUCUCUCUGGUCGGAAUAAUGGAAACCCAAGAUCACUUAAAGCCUAAACAAUCAGGGAUUGAAGGGAGUAGUGGAAGUGUCCAUGUUUGUCAUAAAUGUGGAUGGCCCUUUCCAAAACCACACCCUAGUGCUAAGCACAGGAGAGCUCAUAAGAGGGUAUGUGGAACCAUUGAUGGAUAUAAGCUGGAUAUUGAUGCACAAGACAAAACCCAUUUGAUGGAGGGUUCUGAUGGUGAACAUGUCUCUGAUGAUGAACUAAAAACCCCAAGUGCUAAAGUUGUGGAGACUACUAUAAGCAGGAGGAGUAACAGUGGAGUUGGUAGUAGAUCAAGUAGGUCAACCAGAUCAGAAGAUGAAGUGUUUACUGAUGCUGUCACGGAUUUUAUUGAUACUCCAAGUCCUGGAGAGGCUUCAGAUGGCAUACAACGGUUCUAUUCGAUGCAACGUGUAACUCAGAAUGAUUUGGAUGACAUUAAACAUGCUGCAGAUAAGGCCGAAGCUGAUAGUUUAUCUGCGCGGAGUAUAUUUCUCAACGACAAUCAGGAUCAUGUCCGACCUGUUCAAAAAUUGGAAGGUGAAAAUGACAGAGUAGAACCUGGUGUCCUCUUCCAGGAUCAUAUCCCCAGUUCCACCUUUGGUCCAGCUCUGUCCUCUCAUUCAAUUACAUUAGAAAAUGAGAAUGAAGGUGACACAGCGAAUGAAAUUAUUUCAAGUACGGAGAAGUCGGAACUUAGGACCUCAUAUAAUGAAACAACUGAGGAAGCCUCCGAAGAUGUUUCUGUGUUGAGAGAUGUGGAUGAAGAAAUUGUAGUUCCUGUCUCUGCUAGUGGAAUAGCAAAGUCGGUGAUGGAAACUACCGGUUCUGAAAACAAUAUUGAAUGCUCUCAGGCAGUGGAGCAUCCUGCUGAAGUUAUUGAUCCUGCAAAUGGAAGUUCAACCAAGCCGAGUGAUGUGAUAGUAGAUUAUGGCUCAAAGUCUGAAGCUGAUGCAGAUGUCUAUGUUCUAGCUGUUCCUGAUGCUCUACUUCUGCAAGAACAUCCCGAGAUAGCAGUUGAAGAUUUAGACCACAAAAGAAGUAAGUUCAACACAUUAAUGACCCUAGGCUCUGGUACGGGAACUGGAAAUGCAGAAUAUGGUGAAUAUGGUAUAGCCCAUGCUGCAGAGGAAGUUUUCUCUGGUAUUGAUCUUACCAAGACAAGUGACAGUAAGAAAGUCUAUUCUGAAGGUGAUGUCCUUGAAAGUUUUGAUGCCAUGGAGAAUAAGCUGAACCAGUAUGUUGGGCACAAAUCUAUAUCUGAGCAAAACCCUGUUGGUGAGGAGCCAGUUCAAUUACCCGAUGUUGAGGUUUCUGAUGGUCACAUAAGUGAAGUCAGGAGUGUAGUGUCUGACUUCAAGACUGAAAAUUUGGAAGAACAAAUUAGCAAUGCUGAAGAGCAGAAACCUAUUGUUGCAUUGAAUAAUGUCUUUCCUGAAGGUGAUAGUUCUGCUGUUGUUAAUAAUCCGGAGUUUACCAUAAAUGAAGCUACCAACACAGAGCAUGUGGUUCUACAAGAAAGUGAUGAUAUUGAAGUGUCAGGGAGUUUAUUGCUGCCUUCUGAUGUUGACAUAAGUGAAUUCAGGAGUGAAGUAUUUUCUGACUUCAAAACUGAAAAUUUGGAAGAAAAAAGUUUUAGCUGUGCUGAAGAGCAGAAACCCACUAUUGCAAUGAAUAAUGUCUUUCCCGAAAGUGCUAGUUCUGUUGCCGCUGAUAAUGCGGAGUUUACCUCAAAUGGAGCUUCCAGCACACGUAAUGGUGUUAAAAAUAACACAGAACAUGUGGUUUUACAUAAUAUUGACGACAGUGAAGUCUCAGGGAGUUUAUUAUUGGCUGAACAUGCUAUUAAUGUCAUUCCACCGCAGUUUAAAGAGCUAAGCAAUAUCCAUGAUAUCAGUGAUACCGGUAAUGAUGAAACCAUUGGAGUUGUACAAACUCAUUUGGAUGGAAGUGAGAUAAGGAGUGGAGUCGAGGAUAAUGUGGCUGUGAAUGCUGAAACUGCACCUGGUUUUGGGUCGAAUGCAGCUGGAUCUCGUGAUGGCAUUCAUGAGCCAUUUGAGGUUGAUAGAUUUCAUGAUCAUGUUAAUUCAGAAGAUUCUGGGGAUGUGUUCGUAGGUCAUUCACUACCCAUGGUAGAGAGCACUGGUGGUAGUUCAGCAGGGGCAGAGUUUAUAGGUGAAGAAGGUCCAGGUUCAAUCUCAAAGACGAAAUCAACUGAUGCCUCAGAAGUUUGUGACGAUGCUCAGUGUUCUUUGCAAAGCUCUGCUGCUGUCAAUGACACCUGCAUGAAAAAGUUUACAGAGGAUGCUUCUGGCGUGGUUGAUGGUGAUAGGGUUGUUAAGCCGCAUAUUGCUAUUUCAGGAGCUGAUAUCCUCCCUGAUUCAAGUAGCCAAACUGAUAGUCUGGAAGGCAACUGGGGAUCUGUCUCAGUUAUGUCUGCAGUAUCAGACACACCACCUGCCAAUGACACUCCUGCAUCAAACCAAUCCGCUGCAAAAGAUCAUGAGCUGAAACCUAUGAUGGAGAGUCAAAACUCUGAGAGUAAAAAGCCAGUUGAACCCCACAGUGCGAUUGGAGCAAUAGAAGGCGUAUCUGAGAUUCAGACGUUAGAAGAGCAGAAAGAGAAUAAAAAGACUUCUUGGUCGUCGUCAGUUGCUCACGUGGAUAAUGCACCACAUGGAGGAAAAAGGAAUGAGGAGAUUAUUGCCAAGGUAACUAACUGGAGCACUGAAAAACAACAUAUGCCUUUGAAAGCCCUUUUGGGAGAAGCCACUGCUAGAAGUAGAGCAGAAUCACCAAUUCACACUCUCCAAAGUGAUGAAACCUCAGUAGCAAACAAUGGUAAUUCAAAGUCAGAAAAUGUGAUUCUUAGUUCAGACAACCCCACUUCGGAGGCUUCCAAGGAAGAGAUGGGAAAGGAAUGGAAUUCUCCAGCAAGGUAUCCGGUGAACAUCAAGACAGAGAAGAGGAAAGGCAAGAGCAAACCAUACUGGGCGCCUUUUCUUUGCUGUUCAUCCGUCAAUGCUAGGUAGUAGUAUAGCUGUUAAAUGAAACAGAACGACUUGAAACACAUUUGAGGAACAAUUGAAGACUGGUUAGCUAAAGUUUAUUUGAUAAUUAGAAUGCUUGUUUAAUGUGCACAUGUUUAGGGGUUGUAAAAGAUGUCUAUAUGUUGGACUUUAAAGCCUAAAUACUCUUGGUUGGGGUAUUUAGUUCAGAACUUCAGACCAUUGUUACAUAGUGAGGAUUUGCAGAGCAGAAUAUUUGUUGUUUUGGCUGUGUUAAGAAACUGGAGCAUUUGAUGUAUUUUCACCAGAUUUGCAGAGCAGAACUCGUGAACUUUUAGUGUA